UUGGAUGUGACUGAAGCCACGUGCCUCUUAGCCCUGGCACACCCCCCCCCCCCCCCCCCUCCACACACACACACGCUCCUGCUCUCCGAGGUAGUGAAGCGCCAGCCCAGGGUGCCCACGGUUCCUGACCAGACGCUCCGCUCAGAGCAGAAGUGCCCACUGCCCGCCAAGAGCUCGUGGUGGACAUGCCUGCCUGUUGACCAGGGGGACUGAAUGACGGACAACCUAGCAAGCCAAUCUACAGCAAGUGGUGCCUCAGACCUCGCAACCUCAUUGGUCAGCUACAGGAAGUAACCAUAACUAGGUCACUUCCUGUUUCCUGUACGGCCUGAGCACAGAGCUGUGUGUGUUUAUUAGAGUGAGUGUGUAAGUAUUACGAUGGGGAUGCCAUCCCUCUGUUCCAUCAUACGGCUCAAGUGUGGCUCUGAGCCAAGGAGUAGCCCACACUGUCCUGCCAUCAACACGGGCCAGCACUGACCCCCCCCCCCCCCCACACACACACACACAGUCUAGUCUCUCUCACACACACAUACCACACCAGGAACAUGGCCCUUCUCCCUGCUAGCUGAUAGGAGACUCCCAGAGCGCUCUCCAGCACUGCUGCUGCUCCUGCUGCUGUUCCACCCACGGCCUGCAGAUGGCAGCAGAGGACGGCUUCCAGUUCCGCGCGCUCUUCGCGUGGGGGCGUGAGCGGCCUGGGGACCUGGCGCUGGCCCCGGGGGACCUGCUGACGGUGGGGCCAGGGCUAAGCCACGAUGAGGGCUACAGGCAGGGGUCAGAGGUCGCCCCUGCGGGCCUGGGUUGGCUCCUGGGGGUCAACGAGCACACAGGCGACAGGGGCAACUUCCCUGGCACCUACGUGGAGUACGUAGGCAGGGUCAAGACCGAUAUGCCCACUCAGAUGCCGCGUCUACAGAGGCCACUGCCCCCAACACCACCAACACACACCAAGCGAGGAGAGACAGAGGAGGCCACUGUCCCAUCUCAGACCCCCUUGCAGCCCCCCCCUGAGACCCCUCCUCCCAUCAUCAUGAAACUGGUGGAGACCAUUGAAAGGAGAGGGUUGGACUCUGAGAUGCUCUACCGGACACACACCCUCAGAAAUGCAGCUGACCAGAGUGAGUGCCUGAGUGCCGAAACAGAUCUGAACCACAGCAACAUCCAAACCCUCUCACUCCGCCUGAUUGGCUACCUGCAGGACCUCCCAUCUCCCAUCAUGCCUUUCUCCGUCUUCCCACAGCUGAAGGCCACACUGGCAGAGGGAACAGGAGCUUCGGUGGGAGUGACGUCGGGUCUGAUGAAUGUUCUGGAGUCGUGUGGUGUUCCGUUACAGAACCUUCAGACCCUGCAGUACCUGCUGCAGCACCUGGAGCGUGUGUGUCAACACUCCCAACACAACGGCCUGGACACACACACACUCGGCCGCAUCUUUGGGCCUCUGCUGCUGCCUGUCCCUCCAUCAGGGCUGGAGGAGGAUGAGCAGGUUCCUGCUCAGGUGCUGGAGAGACUUCUGCAAGAGAGAAACUGGAGCUGGAACGAGGAGCACACACCUCCAGCUUUGCCACCCAAACCCUCCAAACCUGCCCGGAUGCCCUCCGUAACCGAUAGCGACAGCAAGCCAGCCGACGCCGAGUGGUACUGGGGAGACAUUUCCAGGGAGGAGGUGAAUGAAAAGAUGCGGGAUAUGCCAGAUGGAACCUUCCUAGUGCGAGAUGCCUCCAGUAAAGUACAGGGGGAGUACACACUCACACUCAGGAAGGGAGGCAGCAAGCGCCUGAUAAAGAUCUUCCAGAGGGGGGGUCGCUAUGGUUUCUCCGAACCCCUGACCUUCUCCUCAGUGGUGGAGCUGAUCCAGCACUACCACCACGAGUCCCUCGCCCAGUACAACAGCAAACUGGACACUCGACUACUCUACCCAGUCUCCAAACACCAGCAGGAUUCUCUGGUGAAGGAGGACACCAUAGAGGCGGUCGGAGAGCAGCUCAGAGUUUAUCAUGAGCAGUACCAGGAGAAGAGCCGAGAUUACGACACUCUAUAUGAGGAAUACACACGCACCUCUCAGGAGCUGCAGAUGAAGCGAACAGCCAUCGAGGCGUUCAACGAGACCAUCAGGAUCUUCGAGGAGCAGUUUGAGACGCAGGAACGCUAUGGGGGAGAGUACAUGGACAAGUUCAGCAAAGAGGGCAACGACCAGGAGGUGCAGAGGAUCCAGAGUAACUCUGAGAAGCUUCAUUUGCGUGUUACGGAGAUCCACGACAGCAAGCAGAGGCUGGAGCAGGACCUACAGCAGCAGGCAGCAGAGAACCGUGAGACUGACCGCAGGAUGAACAGCCUCAAGCCUGACCUCUUGCAGCUCCGCAAGAUACGAGACCAGUACCUGCUUUGGCUCACACAAAAAGGCACCAAGCAGAAGAAAAUCAACGAGUGGUUGGGCAUCAGGAACGACACAGAAGAUGUGUGCACGCUGGUGUGUGAGGAAGAGGAGGAUGCAGCCGCGCCCCACCUGGCGUCCCACCUGGACGAGCGGAGCUGGUACCUAGGUGACCUGAAGCGGACGCAGGCUGAGGAACUGCUGAGGGGACGCGCCAACGGAACCUUCCUGAUCAGAGACAGCCAGACCCAGAGGGGAUCCUACGCCUGCUCAGUAGUGGUGGACGGUGAGGUGAAACACUGUGUGAUCUUCCGUACGGCGUCUGGCUUUGGUUUUGCGGAGCCCUACAACCUGCACAGCUCCCUGCAGCAGCUGGUGUUGCACUACCAGCACAACUCCCUGGGACAACACAACGACGCACUCAACGUCACACUCGCCUGGCCACUGCUGUCUCAAACACACACACACACAUAACUACACACGGACAUGGACACACACACACACACAUAACCACACACACACACACAACCACACACACACACGGACAUG